AUGUCGCCAUCGGAUGACACUUUGAAGAUGUAUUCCCUGAAGGGAAAAGUGACCCUAAUCACAGGUGCCAGUUCAGGUAUCGGCGCAGGUACAUCGGUCCUGUUUGCUAAACUGGGAGCUGUGUUAGCUCUCAAUGGCAGAGAUGUCGAGAAUCUAAAGAACGUGGCCAAGGAAUGCACAAAGAGUGAUGGAGGAGCUGAGCAGCCCUUGCUCGUGCCCGGCGACUUGACAGAUGAGGACACAGUCAACAGGAUUGUAGAGGAAGUCAUUGCGCGCUUCGGCCGCCUGGACGUCUUAGUGAACAACGCCGGCAGCCUGGCCAUUGGGGGCACCGAGAUGUUAGAUCUGGCGACUUACGACAAGGUCAUGAACAUCAAUGUCAGAGCUGUGUACCACCUGACCAAACUGUGUGUGCCCCAUCUGGUCAAGACUAAAGGCUGCAUCGUCAAUGUAUCCAGUGUCAAUGGACAAUGUUCGUCCUCUGCCGCGCUGGCCUAUUGUAUGUCCAAGUCUGCCAUUGACCAAUUCACUCGCUGCAUCGCUCUGGAACUGGCGUCUAAGCACGUUCGAGUCAACUCUGUGUGUCCUGGUUUGAUUGUCACAGAAGUACACAAGAGAGCAGGACUGGAUGAAGAGCAAUAUGCUAAGUUUCUUGAAAGUUCUAAGCAGAUGCACGCACUGGGCCGAUUUGGCGAAGUGGAUGAGGUGGCCCACAGCAUCGCCUUCCUGGCAUCAGACGCUGCGAGUUUCAUUACUGCAGUCAACCUCUUCAUUGAUGGGGGUCGCCAUGCUAUGAGUCCGCCAUCACAGUAUAAAUGA